AUGGCCUCGACAGAAUCCGUUGAAGCUCAGGAGAGCGCUCUUACGGUUGAGCAGCCAUCCACCGAGCUUGAGACACAAGACACGCCUGCUACAGGGGCGGAAACCGCCCUAACUACGACCGAUGGAGGAGACAAGGAGAAGAAGACCAAGAUUAUUCGACGGAAACGACGUCCAGCACGAGUACAAGUUGACCCGUCGACGAUAAAAUCAGAGCCGCCUCCUCAGACAGGAACCAUCUUCAAUAUCUGGUAUAAUAAAUGGUCAGGAGGCGAUCGCGAAGACAAAUAUCUCUCCCAACAACCUGCAGAGUCGAGGUGCAACAUCGCGAAGGACAGCGGCUAUACGCGUGCCGAUAAGAUCACAGGCUCGUUCUUUUGCAUAUUCUUUGCGCGAGGGCUCUGUCCAAAGGGACACGAAUGUGAAUACCUUCACCGUCUCCCGGGAGUUCAUGAUUUGUUCAACCCGAACGUGGACUGUUUUGGCAGAGACAAGUUUAGCGACUACAGAGACGACAUGGGUGGCGUGGGGACAUUCAUGAGACAGAACAGAACUCUCUACGUUGGAAGAAUACAUGUUACAGACGAUAUCGAGGAGGUGGCAGCUAGACAUUUCGCGGAAUGGGGUCAAAUCGAUCGAAUCCGUGUUCUUAAUCAGAGAGGAGUGGCGUUCGUGACAUAUACAAAUGAAGCGAACUCUCAAUUCGCAAAGGAAGCGAUGUCGCAUCAGAGUUUGGAUAAUAAUGAGAUAUUGAACGUCCGGUGGGCGACGGUGGACCCAAACCCGGCGGCGCAAAAGAGAGAGGCCAGACGCAUCGAGGAACAGGCUGCGGAGGCCGUGAGGAGAGCACUGCCCGCGGAAUUUGUGGCGGAGCUGGAAGGGAGAGAUCCAGAGGCAAAGAAGAGGAAGAGAAUAGAAGCUGGAUUCAAUUUGGAUGGAUAUGAGCCCCCAGAUGAGGUGUGGUAUGCUAGAAGUCGAGAGUUGGAACAAGCGCAAAGAAUGAAAGAACUCGAGCCCCCAGUUCAGCAGCAGUCGAUUGAAGCUCCUCCUGCUCAACCAACGGGAGGAAACGGUAUAUUAUCUGGCUCUACGUUGGCCGCGUUGAAGAGCUAUGGUGGCUCUGGUAUAACCACCAAACCAACCACUACUCAAACCCCAAGCGGGCCUUUAGUUGCUUAUGGUAGCGAUGAUGAUAGCGAAUGA